GUGGAGGGCUCCAUCCCACUCCGCGCCCUUCCCCCGCCUUCCUUCGCCCUCGUACCGCGCUCGUACCGCCAUGGCGGCUCCCCGCCCUUAUAUAACGCGCCCCCUGCGCUCAGGUUCCGCUUAGGUGUCCCGGGAGUGGGCUCGGCUGGGCGGGCCGUGCCGUGGUCUUCCUCCUCCUCGCAGUACGGCCGUGGGCUCCUCACCCUGGGGCAGCUCCGCCAGGGCGGGAUGGACCGGAGCCGUUCCCAGGAGGGCCGCGGGACCGGCCCGGCUCCCUCCUCGCCCACGGGGAUCGCCGCGUUCGGAGCCAGGGAGCUGGACCGAGCGCCGGUGUGUGGGGGAUUAAGGUGGAAUCGGUGCAAAUGGUUACCAGGGCUGGGCUGUGCUCAGAGAGCGCAGCGGCGGCAACGUGCCCGGGCUCGGUGUCGGGGGGCUUGUGCUGCGAAGGCACCCACAGAGAGAGCCCCGGCGGCUGCACCAUUCUAGAAGGAGAUAAAUUUUCAUUAAAAAAUAAAUAAGCCGGGAUUCCACACGUUUCAAGAUGCUCCGUGUGGAGACCACAGCCAAAGGUAGUGCCUUAGCGCACUGUCGGCAUCUUGUAAAGGAUAACGAGUAGUCAGUCACUUAGCUUACCCCAAAACAAAUAUUCGUGUUUAAAAAAAAACAGCAAGAAAUUGUCGAAUGCUACUGAGGAGAGCCUCAGGAGUUCCUAGCUUCUCCUUCCUUCUCAAAUAAGUAAGAAUUUGUCACAGCUCCCCCAGCUCUUGAAACUGCCUGCUUGGCUUUCCUUCCUCCUUUAAUAGGUUCUCCUUCCCAUCUCCGCUCAAGACAAUUGCUUACUGGCCACUGGGAAGUGUAUCUGUGUUUCCUUCUUUGUCCAUGUCAUUCCUAUAUAUCCUACACUUGUAAAAGUUAUGAAACUCAGAGAAACCUGUCUUUCUGUGAUUUCUGUGCUGGUUGCAAAGGUUUCUGCAAGGAUGAUCAAGAAACAAAUCACACAAUGGAGAAGUACCACAGCAACUAAUACAGCUCAUCAAAUGCUGUCAAAACCACAACAGACGUGUCUCAUAGGUCUUUGCUGGAAAUGGAGGUUAAGCUGCAAAAGGUUCAGCCACAUUCAAGCAAUGUGGUCUGAGGUUUUUGGGUUAGUUUGGGCUGAAUCCCUUGUAAUCUCUUGUGCUUUGAAAGAAGUGUGACUGCAUUGUUACAUGGCAGGGUUGUGCCUGGGGUUUUUGUGCAGUGUGCUCAUGACCUCAUUUUAUUAAUGGUUAGUGGGAUGUCAGUAGUCUGGCAUCCAUUUUUCUAGUUGGCCAUUUAUUUGUAAAGGCAGAUGUAAUCAGUCUGGUCAUAUGAAGACAGGAUCAUUGUGUAAUGACUGCUAGUAAUUUGAUGCAAGGCAGCACAGUACCACAUUAGCCAGUGCUUUAGUUCUUCCCCAGCAGGUUUCACCAAACAGAUUUUGUAAUAAUAAUUUCCUGCAAUGGUUGUAGCAUCUUGGAUUUUUGUUUUGUAUUACCUCUGCCACCUCUUGAUUUCAGAUUUUGAAGGAGCCUUGCAGCUCUGGGACAAAAAGAAGGAGUUCUGAAGAUUGAUGCAGUGAGAGAAGAUACAGCCAAUGGCUUCAGAAUCCAUGGUCCCUGAGCAGGCAAAGCAACAUCUGAUAAAGGGAAAAAGGCGGCGGCAGCAGCAGCAACAAACUCGGCCUUCCAACAGUGAUGGGGAUGAUGAUGUUUUUGUGUUUGAGGCAAAUGAGGCUUGGAAGGAUUUUCACAGCUCUCUUCUUCACUUCUUCGAAGCUGGAGAGCUCUGUGAUGUUACACUGAAGGUUGGUUCAAAGCUAAUUGCCUGCCACAAACUGGUGCUAGCUUGCGUUAUCCCGUACUUCCGAGCCAUGUUUCUUUCAGAAAUGGCUGAAGCCAAGCAGAAGCUGAUUGAGAUCAGGGACUUUGAUGGUGAUGCCAUCGAGGACCUGGUGAAGUUUGCGUACUCCUCGCAGCUCACGCUGACGGUGGAUAACGUGCAGCCCCUCCUGUACGCUGCCUGCAUCCUGCAGGUAGAACUGGUGGCCAAAGCCUGCUGUGAAUACAUGAAGCUGCAUUUCCAUCCCUCCAACUGCUUGGCAGUCAGGGCAUUUGCUGAAAGCCACAACCGCAUAGACCUGAUGGACAUGGCUGAUCAGUUUGCUUGUGAACAUUUCACAGAAGUAAUGGAGUGUGAGGACUUUGUGAGUGUGUCACCACAGCACCUCCAUAAACUCCUGUCUUCCAGUGACCUGAAUAUUGAAAAUGAAAAGCAAGUUUACAAUGCUGCUAUCAAGUGGCUGCUGGCCAAUCCCCAGCAUCAUGCUACAUGGCUGGAUGAGAUCCUUGCACAGGUACGGCUGCCUCUCUUGCCCAUUUGUUUCCUUAUGGGUGUUGUGGCAAAGGAAGAGAUUGUCAAGCAGAAUCUAAAAUGUAGGGAUUUGCUGGAUGAAGCAAGGAACUACCACCUUCACCUGAGCAGCAGGGCAGUGCCUGACUUUGAGUACUCCAUUCGCACAACACCAAGGAAGCAGACUGCUGGCGUGCUGUUCUGUGUCGGUGGCAGAGGUGGAUCAGGUGACCCCUUCCGCAGCAUCGAGUGUUACUCCAUCAGUAAGAACAGCUGGUUCUUCGGCCCUGAAAUGAACAGCAGGAGGAGGCAUGUGGGUGUGAUCUCCGUGGGAGGUAAAAUCUACGCAGUAGGUGGACAUGAUGGAAAUGAACACUUAGGAAGCAUGGAAGUAUUUGAUCCUCUCACAAACAAGUGGAUGAUGAAGGCAUCAAUGAACACAAAGAGGAGAGGCAUCGCCCUGGCGUCCCUGGGCGGCCCCAUCUAUGCCAUCGGGGGCUUGGAUGACAACACAUGCUUCAGCGACGUGGAGCGCUACGACAUCGACUCGGAUCGCUGGAGCACUGUGGCCUCCAUGAACACUCCCCGGGGAGGUGUCGGCUCUGUAGCCCUGGUGAACCAUGUUUAUGCUGUGGGUGGCAAUGAUGGUGUAGCAUCUCUUUCCAGUGUGGAGAAAUAUGAUCCUCACUUGGAUAAGUGGAUAGAAGUGAAAGAAAUGGGUCAGCGAAGGGCUGGGAACGGUGUCAGUGAGCUCCACGGCUGCUUGUAUGUUGUGGGUGGCUUUGAUGACAACUCACCCCUGAGCUCGGUGGAGCGGUUUGACCCACGCUGUAACAAAUGGGAAUAUGUGGCAGAGCUCACAACUCCAAGGGGUGGUGUUGGCAUAGCAACACUGAUGGGAAAAAUUUUUGCAGUUGGAGGUCAUAAUGGCAACGUGUACCUGAAUACAGUAGAAGCAUUUGAUCCCAUAGUGAACAGGUGGGAACUUGUGGGCUCUGUGUCACACUGCAGGGCUGGGGCGGGCGUGGCCGUGUGCUCCUGUCUCAGCAGCCAGAUCCGGGAUGUGGGCCAAGGAUCCAGCAACGUUGUGGACUGCAUGUGAGCUCUGCCAUCUCCUCCAAAUUCCAAAGGAAUGCUACAAGGGUGGCACCACAGAGCUUCUAAACACUGUGGUUUGUAUAGUAGGUUAAGGAAUAAAUCCAAUAAAUUUUCUUUGUGAAAAUGGUAUCUUCUGCAACUGUAAAGCUUUUGGUGGCUUUCAUAUAGCGAUACAGAAAAACCUGUUAAAACGUGGAAUAAAUGUGAGUCCCAUGUGACUCACAGGAGCAAACCUGCCAAGGACUACAAUCAUCCCAUUCUUGAGAAGCUGUAAUUUCAGAAUCAUUUGAGGCAGCUGUUGCAAGGACUCGAUACUGAACUGUAAAUCAGGCAUGUGGUGAGGAGAACAGCAGCAGCUACUGCUGCUGAGCUCCCCCCAAAAGCCCUGCUACGUGUUGUCUGGAGGGCUUGAGUGCCAUUUCAUUUAACUUAUUUUCUGGAAUGGAGUCUUAAACAUUUCCCAGUUGUACGAGAGUUUUGUAACUGAAGGUGUCUCAAGUUGUAGAAGUAAUGACAUCCCUGAUGCACACUGAGAUAAAUGAGGCAGAGAAGUUCACUGCUCACCUCCAGAGGGAAUGCUGCCAGCAGUGGAGUUGCAAGGAUUCUGUCUGAAAACUGUCUUUCAAAGUAUUUUCUCGAGUUAAUAAACUUGUUAGAAAGCUGGAAAGAUUCUUGACCUGAGUUUAGCCACUAGAAUACUGGAAUUCUCUAGUCUUCCAUAAAAUUUGUAAUUCUACCCCCCUCUCCAAAGUAGUUUCUGUUGAGACGUCCUUCCUGAAAUAACCAGUGUAAUUUGUCCUGUUUUGAGAUGAUAGUGUGUGAAAAUAUAGGGUUCAGUGAUGGUUAAAUCACCACUUUUAUACAAAACGGAAAUGCAUAAUAAAAUUUGUGGUAUUCUGUAAAACUUUAAGUGCAACUCCAGAAGACUUGACUGUUUUCAGUAUCCAGUAGCAACUCUGGUAACGUUCUCGAGUUACUUGCUCUUUUAAGGGAGCAGAUAAAUAACCUCAAAACCUUAAAUGAACCAAAGAGAGUCAGCAAGAGAGAUAAUUGGAAUAAACCAGUACUACCAUUAAAAAAUUGAGAUAGCAAUGUGGCAGCCCUGCAUACAAAGAUGUCUUGUUAAACCAUUACAAAGCCUGAAUCCUGCGGAAAGUCUGCUGGAAAGACUGCAGAUUCCUGUUCCUGCAUCACCUUGAACAGACCCAACAACUAACAAUCCUUUGUGACCAAAGUUUUGCAAUUACUGGGUUGUUCCAAAUACCCAGGGAGAGCAGCAAACUUCUCUGCAUUCAGGACCGGGAAGAGGCAGGACAGCAGGAGGGAGGAGGCACAGUUGUGUUUUUCUGCUGUUACCAUCAUUUGGCUUUCCUGCCCAAAAUGGUAGCAUUUUUACCAAAUGCACUUUGGUAGCAGCCAGGGACAAAGUGAACAGUACUGUAAAUAAUGAAACAUUGCAAUAAAGCAUUUGUACUUCAAA